AUGCCGAAGGGACGGCGCGGUAGCCACAGCCCCACGAUGAGCCAGCGGCCAGCCCCGCCCCUCUACUUCCCAUCCCUCUAUGACCGAGGCAUCUCUUCUUCCCCGCUCAGCGACUUCAACAUCUGGAAGAAGCUUUUUGUGCCUCUGAAGGCAGGCGGGACGCCGGCUGGUGGGGCGGCGGGGACCCGGUCCCUGCCCCAGGCGACCCCGGCGCUGCCACCGCCGCCGCCCGGCCUGGGUCCCCCCAGCGAGCGUCCCUGUCCCCCUCCCUGGCCCUCCGGCUUGGCCACCAUCCCCUACGAGCCCCUGCGGUUCUUCUAUUCGCCGCCGGGGCCAGAGGCAGCUGCCUCGCCCCUGGUGCCUGGACCCCCAACCUCCCGGCUAGCCUCUGCCUCUCACCCUGAGGAGCUGUGUGAGCUGGAGAUCCGGAUCAAAGAGCUGGAGCUGCUCACCAUCACUGGGGAUGGCUUCGACUCCCAGCGCUAUAAAUUCUUGAAGGCGCUAAAAGAUGAAAAGUUACAAGGACUGAAGACCAGGCAGCCUGGAAAGAAGUCGUCCUCUCUCUCCUGA